CGCAUCUUUCCAUCCGAUCAAUUUCCAUAGGCUUCAUAGCAAAUCCCGAUCAACCCUGGCAGAAUCAUAGUAUUGAGGAGGAGCAGAUCCGUGCGGCUCAAGAGCAAGCUUCGCUGGGCCUUUAUUUUCUUCUUGGAGCACUGGAAGCUCCUCUCGGAAGUCGGGAACCAAGAUAUCGACUUCCUAGAUCAAUUUCCACAGCCUUCAUAUCAAUUUCCGAUCAACCUUGGCAUAAUCGGAGUAGCCAGGAAGAGCAAAUCCGUACUACUCAUGACCCUCAUCACGGGGCAACUUUUUUAUUCUCCAUCGUCAUAUCUUCCCUCAUCAAGAACUCUUACUCUUCCUCAUGGGUAUCAAGUCGAGUUCAAAACACAGAAGCAACUCCUCUCUCCAUUUGUAAUUCAGCCAGGCUUGCGAAAUACCCCAACAGGCAACACUCUUUUCAAAUAGUUGGUAUUCUGAAUAGCAGAGGUUAUACCCAACAUUCAACCUCUUUUAGAAUGGAGAACAGAUUUGUACAUUACUACAUUUGCAAGCUUCCUAAUUUAGGUUUGUCUAUCCUCAAUUGCUUAUUUGCUGAUGAUUUUCAUGCUUAAAAGUCAAACUCACGAGGAUCUUCCUAAGAAUCAAAGAAUUACGAGUUCAUCAACUCUAAUGAGGGAUUUAAUGGAAUCCCACGAGGAAGACCACUCAUACAGGGAGGAAAAGGGCAGACUGUUCAAUGGGACAAAGUUGAUUCUUGGAAGAGGAAGUAAUUUUCAAUCUGGACAAUCAACCCAAUUUCAAUGGCACCAGGGGAGAUCCUAGAUGAUCGUAAGGGUAUAACUUAUAGAGAUAUUGAAAUAAAGCUCUUCAGAUGAAAAGCACAAUGACACAGAUGAUGUAGAUCAAUAUGUUAAACUAGGCGCUCCUUUCUCAAGAGGUGACACAGUUAAGGCAUUUCUUGAUGAGGAAGCUCAGGAAGAAGAUGAGACUGAUAACAACUCUGCAAGUUUAUCAUUAUUUAUACUACUUUUGGAAUAUUUGUUCUUAACAAUAGCUCUCUUGGGAUAUUUGUUCUUAAGAAAUAUGCAUUUUUACCUUUAUUUAUACUACUUUUGAUAUUAUGACUCCCAAUUUUAAUGAAAGGUUAAUAGUGA